GCAGGGACCUGCUAUAAAAGCAUACCGCGUCGACCCUCGAACACAUAGUGCUUGCUCGCAUAACCCGCAAGAAAAACCAUCGCCCGUCACCAUGAAAUUCUUCGUUGUUCUGUUUGCCAUUGUGGCAGUCGCUAGCGCUGGAUUAACAUCUUAUCACGCGCCAGAGGUAGUCCAUGUCUCCGGCCAGCUCUCCAUCCCGGGCCCCAAGGCUUCCCCGCUCAUUCUCCACGGUAACGACCAUUCCACCCGCAUCCACUACAGUGCCCCGCAUAUAGGGCAUCCACACUUGGUGGGCAUCGAACAUUACAACCCGGCGCCGCAUUACGAGCCUAGCGUCGUCAACGUGGCUCUUAAACACGACCUGCAUUAGAUCUCCGCAUCUAAGUCAGCAGACCCGCUGGUCCGGAGUGGUCCACGCCGAACGAGUCAUCCUGAGGCUGAUAUGAGGCAGAGAAUCAGCGAAUUCACCAUUUAAUUGGUGAAUGAACGUGACAUUGAGCAAUCUUUUGCCAAAGUGGAGCAUUUCUUGUUCCUUUUUAUCGGCAAGAUACUGAUUCUUCGCGUCGAGAGAUCUCUCGCCGAGGAUUGAGAAUCACGUGGAGGAACACACAAAUCGGCAGAUUGAUAAAAUUCAAACUGCCUCAGGAUAGUCGCACGUUUUGGAUCACUUUUGGAGGACCGUCCCCAAAAAGACCAGGCAGUCAGAUUUGAAAAAGCUCCCCGCCCUCUCCCCUCUCAUUCAUCCCUUUGCUCUACCUUGACGCUACAUAUGACACGCAUAUGAACAAUCGGACUCUUCCGUAUUUCCAUUUAUCCAUCUCAUUCUGUCAAAAAUGAUGAAAAAUUCUGUGCGGCAUAUAUUGAAGAAGAAACAGCAGAGCGAUCAUCUCUUUCUGUACCCAUUAACAUUCGUUUACGGCAGCGCAACACUUUUAUUUAUUUUAUAAUAAAAGUUGAUUUUUAUGUCUUGUAAUAAAAUGAGACGUCCAUU